AUGGCGUAUGAAGAUAAAAGUAUUGCGGAAGUCGCUGUCUAUGAGGAUGAGAGCAAGCCAGAGCCACAAUUAGACGGGCUUACCGCCACAUCCAGCGAAUUGGAAGCUGCGAGUGCCACAGCGUUGAAAGAGGCGCUUGCGAAGGAGACACAUGUUCUCUUUUUGACGAAUUACUACACGACUCUCGUCAUGCCUCUCUGGACGUACAAGGAGCUCCACCGAGCGGUGCGAGCGCUACGUGCUGCGGGGUCAAGCCAAGUUGGCGGCAUCAGUGACGAUGUUCUGGAGACUUGGUUUUACACUUUCGGUGGUUUGGCCCGCGAAUGCUUGUUGCCCUCGGAAGAUUUGGUCGACGUUGCUAAGGAUGGUAUUACCAGGGAGAUCCAUCAGAUCCAAUGUUCUGGAAUGCUCGUCACUUUACAAUACCUGCUACCAAAUUCUGCAUCACUUUCCAAUUUACGAGCAAGGGGUCAGAACGGAUACUAA